GCGUCAUCGUUACUUCUGCAUUAGAACCAUUUUCAGAAACUUGCGUGUGUGUGUGGUCAUGCCUUCCUCUGAAAUCUCAUGGGACCUAGAUAAACAGUCACAGUAUCCGUUUGGUAACUGCUGAAUUAUUAAUGAAGUUUGUUUAGUCCGUCAUUGCAUCGUCAGAGGAUGUGAUGUGUUGUGUAACUUACAAGCAGCAGAGUGGAAGUAAGCGUGAACUUUAAGUCUGGACAUUGGUUUGGUUGCCCUGAGCAGCUGGUCAUCAUUGCUAUGACAAGGUGUCCCAUUACUGGCCAACACAAACACACACCGUGACCUGAGGACGUCGCAGAGCAGCUGGGUGAGGAGCCCGGAGACACUUGUUAUUUGAAUUUCCUGAUGACCUCAGUCCAGAGGAGAGACAGGAGCUGGAGAGCAUCCGCCGCAAAAAACAAGAGCUGCUGCAGGACAUACAAAGACUGAAGGAUGAGAUAGCAGAGGUGACCAAUGAGAUUGACAACCUGGGCCUGACUGAAGAGAGGAAAAGUAUGCAGAGGAACAAACAGAUGGCCAUGGGCCGAAAGAAGUUCAACAUGGACCCAAAGAAGGGCAUCCGCUUUUUGGUGGACAGCUCCCUGCUGAAAAACACCAGCGACGACAUCGCUCAGUUCCUCUACAAGGGCGAGGGGCUGAAUAAGACGGCCAUUGGGGACUACCUGGGGGAGCGAGAUGACUUCAACAUCGAGGUGCUGCACGCCUUCCUGGACCUGCACGAGUUCUCGGACCUGCACCUGGUCCAGGCGCUCAGGCAGUUCCUGUGGAGCUUCAGGCUGCCCGGCGAAGCUCAGAAGAUCGACCGCAUGAUGGAGGCGUUCGCCCAGCGAUACUGUCACUGUAACCCUGGAGUGUUUCAGAGCACAGAUACCUGUUAUGUGUUGUCGUUCGCUGUGAUCAUGUUGAACACCAGUCUACACAACCCUAACGUGAAGGACAAACCGCCGGUUCAGAGAUUCACAGCGAUGAACAGAGGCAUCAAUGACGGAGGAGAUCUGCCAGAGGAGCUGCUCAGGAAUCUGUACGACAGCAUCAAGAACGAACCCUUUAAGAUCCCAGAGGAUGAUGGGAACGACCUCACACACACUUUCUUCAACCCCGACAGAGAAGGCUGGCUCCUGAAACUCGGAGGUGGACGAGUUAAGACCUGGAAGAGACGCUGGUUUAUCCUCACAGAUAACUGCCUCUACUACUUUGAAUACACCACAGAUAAAGAACCCAGAGGAAUUAUUCCACUGGAAAAUCUGAGCAUCAGAGAAGUUGAUGACUCUAAGAAACCGAACUGCUUCGAGCUCUACAUCCCCAACCACAAAGAUCAGGUGAUCAAGGCCUGCAAGACGGAGGCGGACGGCCGCGUCGUCGAAGGAAACCACACUUUUUACCGAAUCUCGGCCCCGACCACGGAGGAGAAGGACGAGUGGAUCACCAACAUCAAAGCUGCCAUCAGCAAAGACCCGUUCUACGAGAUGCUGGCUGCUCGGAAGAAGAAGGUGUCGACUCUGAAGGGGCUGUAGAGCUGCAGAGGAUUAAACAUUUCCACAGGUUUGACUCCUGAACGCAGCACAGCUGACGUGGACCUGAUAUUCCUGCUGCUGCAGUGACACUUGGACCUGGCACAAGGGAUUCAGCCGUUAACGUGGCUCUUCCUUUGACACCCGUCUCUUCGCAGGUUUGAACGUUGAACGUUUCAUUUCUCAUCCCCAGAUGAAAAGAUUCACUCAGACCUUUUAUUUAAAUCCUCAAACAGCUCCUUUUUUUAAUUUAUUUUUUAAACAAACACACUUCUGCAGUGCUGCAACCACGCUGUGAUCUCUGGUUAAGACUCCCACUCCUCCUCAGAUCUGCUGAAAUGAUAUUUGAAACAUGUCUGAUUCAUCUCAAAGUAGCUUCAAACAGAUUGUGUUUGUUAAACUGGGCUGCGGGUAUCCAAGCAUUUAACUGGAGAGAAAAAAAUGAAGGAGCGAGCGGGAAAUGAUUUCAGUCAGAUUAGAAGUGUAAUCAGUGUGUAAACACAGACUGUAUAUAAAGAUGGACAACAGGUCUCCACGUCCUCCCACUAUCUAGAAAUGAGGCCUAACUAUCCCGGGUAGGAAUGCUGCCGUCUUGCACAUUCGGAGUCAGUCUGCGCAGUAACGACGAGUCUGGAACUAGCUCAUACCCGACACUAUAGCCACUUUUCCACUGGUCAAAAAACCAACUAACAUCUGGCUUUUGUCUGCAGUGUGAAUGGAUUCAAUCCACACUCACUCCUGGGUCUAAUGACUGUGCAGUAGACGGCGAUGGAAACGAGUCACGUGGUUGAACGUACUAAUUUAGCAAAACAAGGUUUUAAAAAAACUGAAAAGAAAACUCUGCUACUGCCAAUGGGGAAAAGAGUCAAUUGAUGUUUUUUGCUGCAUAAAAACAAAACUGUUUAUACCAACCAAUUUUGGUGUUAAGAGAUAUAACACGCACAGUAAGCGUGGUUUGACCUAUGCUGCAGUCAGCCACCAGGGGGCGAUCCAGACUAACUCAUGCAGAUUUGGAGCUGUCAUGUCAUCCUUAUGUUCAGUCUGCUGAGGAGAGACAGAAGAUAACUGUGCUUUAUGAUGCUGGACAAUUACAGUAUGAAUCAAAUACUUUGUUUACUACAAAACUUCAAAAAAUCAUACACGUCAGUAAGUUUACUGUUUUGAUGAGUUGAGGCCUUGGACUGAAUCUGGUUCCAGACUGAAAACAAAGACAUGAACUGAAGAGCGUCUUCAGUUUGGUUCUCUCUCCUGGCCUCUUUCCUCCGGACGACUGUUUAGUUUGAUGCCAUAUAAAUGCUUGUUUUUUUUCUAAAGGCUGUUUUCUUACUGCUGUUGCUCUUUUGUCAAAGCACUGUUCAUACAAAUGAAGGCAAAACAAAAAUUCCUAAAUAUUUAUUUAUCCAGAUUCCUUGUAAUUUAUUGUUUCAUGUUUGUCUCAUUAAAACAAAACAAAACAUUUGA